UAAUAACUAAAUAACAUUUCGCCUUGUAAACAAGACGAAUAAAUGUCAGUGAACUAAAUUUUAAUAAAUUAAUUUUAUUACAUAUCAAAAUGGGUAAAGGUUAUAAUAAUUAUAUGUGUAAAAAACCUUUUCACCCUGGAUCGAAGGCAAAUAUAAAAAGAGCAUGGAUGGCAGAGCAAAAAACAGAAAAUGAAAAGAGGAAGCAAGACGAAUUGAAAGCUCAGUAUGAAAAGGAACAAGAUUUAUAUAACAACAGGGCUUUGGUAAGUUGUGAAAGCAAGGAUAAACUUGAAUUGAACUUUAUGUAUGAAGCACCACCAGGAGCUAAAAGAGAGCGUCAGAAAGAAGAUGAUGAACCAGAAUUUAAAUUUGAGUGGCAAAGAAAAUAUAAUGCUCCCAGAGAAGAUUAUGCUAAAGGCAAUGAAGAUAUCAAAGAUCAACCUUUCGGCAUUCCUGUGAGAAAUGUUCGAUGCAUAAAAUGCCACAAGUGGGGACAUAUCAACACAGACAAGGAAUGUCCUCUUUACAAUCAAGCCAGUACAUCCUCAAUGCCUACAACAUCUAUGGAUCCAAUGGAACUUAUGAAACAAAUGAGAGAAGAUGGUUUUGGUUUAAAAGAAAAUGUUCUUGGUCAUCAAUUAAAUCCUGCUGCUGCUAAUCAGCAAUUUAUUCCCAGUGAUGAGGAAAGUGAUCCUGAAAUUGAUUUCUUAAAGUCCCUUUCUUCUGCAGAAAAGAAGAGACUGUUAAAAAAACUAAAAAAGUUAUCGAAAAAGCAAGAAAGAAGUUCCAAUUGUAAGAAAAAGAAGAAAAGUAAAAAGACUAAAAAAUCAAAAUCAAGGACAUCUUUUUCGUCUGAUUCUGAAAAAGAGAAGAAGGCUAAAAAGAAAAAGUCAAAAAAAUCAAGUUCAUCAGAUAGUGAUUCAUCAAGUGAUGAGAGUGAGAAAAGACACAGUAAGAAAAGUAAGCAUUUAGAACCCAAAGAGCAUUUAAAAUCUGAAAAGAAAAAAUCAAAAGGAGAAGAACAUCAGUCUCAAGAAAAAAAACACAGUAAAAAAGUGUUUGAAGAAGAUAUGGAUCUAGGAAAAUCUGCUUUGAAAAAAGACAAUGAAUAUAAAAAGGAAAGAAAAGAAUCAAGACAAGAGUCAUCUGACCAUGAUAAGUAUAAAUUUUUUGAGACCAAAGAUCAAUCUCAGGAAAAAUGCAAUAGGAAAAUGUGCAAGGAAGACUCCAAAGAGGACAAUGAACAUAAAAAAAUAAGAAAUAAACCAAAACAAGAGUCUUCUGACCAUGAAAAGAAUAAAACUACGGCGACCAAACAUCAGCCUCAGGAAAAAUACAAAAGAUCUGCUUCUGAAGAAAGCGAUCAACAUAAAAAAGUAAAACACGAACCAAAUAGUGAGUCUUCUGAUCAUAUUAAGCAUAAAAGCAUGGGGACCAAACAUCAAUCUCAAAAAUAUAGCAGCGAAACAUGUGAAGGGGAUUUAAAUCUAAAUAGAUAUACUUCCAAAGAAGACAUUAUGCAUAAAAAAGUAAGUGAACCAAGGAAGGAGUCUUCCAACCAUAAGCAUAAAAUUGAAGAAAAAUCAGUGGAUUCAAGAACAGAAAAGAAAAAACAUUUUAAUAGUAGUUCUGAAGAAGAAAAAUAUCAGUCAACAAAGAGUGGACAAUUUUGUGACAUUGUUGACCUACCUCCACCAAAAAGAAAAUCUGAAACCUUUUUAUGUAAAGAAGACAUUACACAUAAAAAAGAGAAAAGUGAUUCAAGACCAAACACCUCGGACCAAGGUAAUAACAAAACCAUUGAGACUAAACACAAAAUAAGGGACUCACAAACAGAAAAGGAAGGGAAAAAUCUUGAUUGUAGUUCUGAAAAAUCAGAAAAAUAUGAAGCUUUAAACAAGGAAAUGUGUUAUGAUGCUGAUGCCGUCUCUCCGAAAAGAAAGCGUGAUACACCUACAUCAGAAGAUACUUCAAACAUCAGUACUGUAAAAAAAGUCAAAUAUGAUCAUCCUGACAGUUUCAGCCAUCUUUGUCCUCAAGCACACAUUAAAACAAAUUACUUACUACCUAGUGAGGAAUAUGUCGGAAAGAUUCAUGAUGAAUUUCGUCAUCACCAUAGAGAAGAUAGGUCUCCCUCUGUAAAGCAAAAGUACAAUACAUAAUCCAAGUUAACUCUAUCUUAUUUUAGAUGAGACUGUAAAUACGACAAAAAAUAUGCCCAUUAUGUAAAACUAAGACAAAGCAAGUAAUAGAAUAGCUCAUCCAUCAAACUUUGAAGCCUCCAUUUUGUAAAAAUGCACCUAUACAGUAACUAAUGCUACUCUAAUUGUGUUAUUGUUUGCUGAUGAUAUGAAAUCAAUGUAACUCUAAUAGUGUAAUGUAAUUUUGAACCAAUAUUUUGCAAACUAUGAAUAUCUAUUUAGAUUUUUAUGCUUUGUUAUAAUACAAGCAUUAUUAUAAAAUUGUUUCAUUUCGAUUUAUUCCUCCAGUAUUGUAAUUAGAUGCAAUGCAUAUAUUAUAUCAUUUGUAUAAAGAAAAAUAAUAUCUAAAUUUUAUUAAAAUGUUAUUUGACAGAAUA